GCCGCACCGCAGCCCCAUGUCCGCGCUCCCCGCCGGCGCCGACAUCAAGCGGGCUCUGGAGAACAGCCCCGAGACCAACAUCGAGGAUGAGCUGCCCGACGAGCCGCCGCAACAGCGGCCCAAGUGCUACCUGCUCCUCAGCAUCCUCUCCUGCUUCUGUCCCGCCUAUCCCGUCAACAUCGUCGCCUUCGUGUUCGCCGUCAUGGCUCUGAACAGCUACAACCAAGGGGACAUAGAAGGCUCCAAGCGGCUGGGUCGCAACGCGCUCUGGGUGGCCGUGGCCUCCAUCAUCAUCGGCCUCGUCGUCAUCGGCAUCUACUGCGCGGUUCACUUCACAACGCAUGCUAUCUGAAGACCAGGACUGCACUUGGAUGGUAUCAACAUGUAAACCUCUGGAGGGGGAAAAAGAAGAGAUGGAAACCAUUCCAGACUGUUAGUUCUGACCCUACAAGUCUGCAGAGGCAUGUUACUGGUGAAUGAACUGAUAGCCCGGUUAGUUAAUCAGCAUGGCGUGACCAGGUUUUCAAAAUUAUUUAUUUAUGAGACAUCUCAGUAUAAAGCAGCAUUUUCUCUUUCACCCUAAUGUAUCAUGAGAUCUUGCCCUUAAAAAAAAAUCCCUUUUCUUUCUCAUUUCCAUGGAAUGUAUGCUGGAUCUGUGAUGUUCCCUGGCUGACCCCAGCCAGUCAAAGCCAACAUAUCCAGACUGUUUGUGGUGCACAGUGUAAGAUCUGAUGCACAGCCCACUGAAGCUGGUAGGAGAACUCCUGUUACUUCUGGCAGAUUUUGGAUCAGGCCCUUAAGGAUUUUUUUCAUUUCUUUAAAAUAGUCUCAAGGUGAGACACCUGUACCUAUGGGUUUGUGAUUUUAUCCUGCUCUGUGAUUUUAUAAUGCCAUGGGCACACUCUGACUCAGCAGCUGCUUUCUUUUGUCAUCCUCCACUGUUAGAACUUUACCUUGGAUUUUUAACCACCUGGGACCGAUUUCAAUCACUUGAUUAUUAAGAGAGACUCUUCUUCCAUAGCUCCAUGUUUUUCUUAAUGAUUUAUUUUUGUUUUGUUGUCUUUCAUUGUUGCACUCCCUUGACUUCGCUCCAGUCCUGCAUUAAAUUUGCACUGAUCAUAUUUUCCUCUUUAAACUUCAUUUAUGUAAAAAGUUCCUGUUUUUUUUAUCUGACAAAAGAUCUUUUUAAACAGAUGUCCUUUAUCCCUUUGUUGUUGUGCUUCUACCAAGGCACAUAGUUUCAUUGUGUUCUGCUUUGUUCACGUGGGUUUUGUUUAGCUCAUCCUCUCAUCUCUGUGACUGGUCUGUGUAUCACUGCAGUUAGAGAUGGACAGACUUCUGCACCUCUGCCUAGUUACAGACACUCUUCCUGAUCCUUAGACACUACUCAGCGAGCAGCCUCAGGCUCCAGACCUGAUGGCCUCUAAAUUACUGCAGUUUCUUGAUACCUUGUGAAAAUUUAGCAUGGGACAGCUGUUUUUUAUUAGCUGGAAACUGUUUCACAGAAUACAAUUGUUUUGUCAUGCAAAUAUUCCGUGUUAAAAGGAGUAAGCUCUGGAGCAUUAAGAUGUGGCUGCAUCCUCAGCAGUUGCUGCUCUCUUCGCUUUAUUACCACACCUUCAAGAGAGCUGUGCCAACUUCCAGUCCCUCUCCCUGCACCAACUUCAACCUGGAGUGACUGCCUAGAAAUCCAGGGAGUUCUGCAGGUGCAGGUGAGAGAAAAAUCAUCUGUCAGGAGUUCAACAACCUAUAAAAAACAAAAGAAUCCUCCCAGAAACCUUUACCUGUUAAAGCAUAUGCCUGGAAGUAGCAUGUAUUUUUUGUGCCUUGAUAUUAUAUUUUCAAUGUGCUUUUUUGCUUUCCUUCCUGCCAAAUUCUGUUUUUCAUUGAAGUCAGUGAAGCAUCACCUCUCCUCAAUUACUGCAGUAUUAAACUUCUCAAACACUGGUGAAGUCAGCUGAUUUAUUAAACAUUUACACUGAU